AUGAACAUCUUUCGCGGUAUUCAACACUACUUCUCCAGCGGCGGCGGGGAUCUCAAGCAGCUGCUGGACACACGCGUCUACGUGUGGAACAUCCCGGCCGGUAGCACGACGCUGACAGAUCGGAAUCUGCGCGUAGGUCGCUCGACGACGCGCUCCAUCGAGUCCACCUGCAGCUACCUCGACAAUGCGGAGACGAAUCGCUACAUUAUCUUCAACUUCUCUCCGCUCAUGAUGGAGCUGGUGGAGGGGUGCCGUUGCGGGCAGGUGCUAGACUUCUCGAAGCAGUCCGUGGAAAACUACGGCCUGCUCAUGGAGGUGUGCUUCACAAUUCGCAAGUGGGUGUACGCUGGCGACACAGGCGGCAGGUCACCCGUGGCGCCGUCCGCGCCGUCGCCGAUCGGUGGUGCAGCGUCGUCAAGCCGGCACAAGCACACGCACUGUGCUGUCCUGGCCUUCCUCGAGGAGUCGCCAGCAGUGGCGCAUCCCAAUUACGCGGCGAUGAUUGGGGCGUGCUACCUCAUCUUCUCCGGCUUCCCCACGUACACAGGUAGCGGUACGUUCGACUUUGUGGAGAGAGAGCUCGGCAUCCCCCGCAGCGUCUACCAUGCGCCAUCACAGGAGAGCUACAUCAACUACUUCCAGCUGCUCUUCGAGAUCCCGGUGCUGCCCAACCCAAAGCGGCUCACCCUGACACGCGUCUCGCUGCACAACUUGAGCUCCCUAUCAAAGAACAAGCUUGGCCUGCAGCUGGACAGCGCAGACGGCAAGGCACCGCGGCUCUUCAGCGACCCGAAAGCCUGGCGUCGGGGCGACCCCUCCACGCUAGAGAUGUACCUGGACCUGAACGAGAGCGUGCUCGGCGACUUUGUCCUCAACGUGUUCCUGUACGAUGUACAGCCGAUCCACAACGACAGCGGCGGCGUGAUGGCGGGGUCCUCCCCCUCCGUAGGUGGCAGCGGCCUCGUCGGUGGCAUCCUGCCGCCGUCAAUGGACGGUUUUCAGGCUCUGUCAGCGGCGUCAAACGAGAAGGCCCUCGUUGGCUUAGGAAGUGCCGCAUCGCCGCCGACAACACGGUUUAUCACGGGUACCUCGAAGGAGAAGAAGCUCGUGCAGAAGGGGCGGCUGCUGCGCCUUGCCUUCAGCACCAUCUUCAUCCACCAGGCGACGCAUCGGGUACGCGUACGGGACAUGGACUACGCGGCUGCGAACUCAUUGCCAGACGACUUCUAUGCACAGCUGCACUUCAGCGAGUGCGCUCCAGCUGACGCGGACGAGGACUACGUGAGGCAGAUUACCCAACGCGUAGAGCAGUCGCCGCAGCGCCAGAUCAUGCUCUCCCGGCCCGACCCCCGCGACCUCCUCGCAUCCGCUGGCGCCGGUGGCGGCUACCGAUCCUCUAGCCGGUACGCCGCUGUUGAGGAGGAGUGCCGAGGAGGCGUGUACUACCGCAGCAACGGGACCAGGUAUGACGGCGGUGCGAGCACGGACCCGCGCGUCCGCCAAGAGCGGUCGCUGCCGCUGACCGGAGCCACCAUGCUGUACCUCCCCACCCCCUUGCACAUGGAGAGCGAAGAUGAGCGGUUCUUUGACGAUGAGGACGACGUCGCGGAGUCUGAGCCGACGCUGGUCCGGGUGGAGCCGCGACCAGGCCCCGCCGCUCGGCCUCGCCAGCCCACACCAGAGCGCAUGUACGGCGGCGGGUAUCCGGUUACAUCUACCCCGGCUGCGGUCGUGCAGGAAGCAUCGCCGGUACCUUCCUCAUAUGCGGCAGCGCCACCACCACACCCGCCGUUGUCGCUUCCGCCUCCACCGCCACCACCGGUGAAAGGCAUUCCGUUGAAGCAUCUGGACCCCUCCAUCAUCACCCCAGGAAACUCGCCACCACCGCGCGCGCCACCGCCGCCGGGGGGGUUGCCCCCACCACCGCCACCGCCAGGCAAACUGCUGCCCCCACCGGCUCCACCCUCCAAACUCCCCCCUCCGAGGCCGCCGCCGGCGCCCCCCGCUGGUCUCCCUCCCACCGCGGCUUCGACAGGGGUGCCGCCACCACCGCCGCCACUGCCAGGACCACUGAACAGCAAUACACCGCCACUCCCGCCUCCGCCGCCCGGCCUCCCGGGCAUUGCAGCGGCUGCUGCGAAGCCGAAGCCACAGUACACCGGGCCGCGGCUCAAGACGUUCUUCUGGAAGAAGAUUCUCAAGCCGAGCGGCAUCUGGGCAGCGUCGGACACCGACGACGUGCGCCGCGCUGUGAUCGACGAGUCCUUCAUGCUCAAACUCUUCAAGUUGAAGGCCGUCGCGCAGCCGAGCGCUGCCGAGGGAGCGGCGGAGAAGUCGGAGCAGGAGCGGCGCAGCCAGCUGCGCAGCAACGUGUUUACGGGCCAACGGUUGCAGAACAUGGGCAUCGCCCUCAAGCGCGUACAGGUACCGGUAGAAGUUUUGUGUAAAGCCCUCAUCACGUGCGACAGCGCCGUUCUGCCGCCAGAGCGACGGGAGAUGCUGACGGCGGCGCUGCCCACCACCGAGGACGUGACGGCGCUCACGGCUGAGAAGCAGGCGGGACGGUCAGUUUGGACGGAGGUGGAGACGUACCUCUACACAGCCGCGACGACUGUGAAGGAUGUGCGAGAGCGGCUGCAGCUCUGGACAGCUGCCGAGGAGCUCGAGGACACCGUCCAGUCCAUCUCGAGCCUGCUAAGCUCCGUCGACGCGGCCGUGUGCGCCAUCACGCAUCGCAACGGCCGCUUUGCCCGCAUGAUGCGCAUAAUCCUGGCAUUUGGAAACCACCUGAACCGCGGCACCCCACACGCCGACGCUGAGGGGUUCCGCCUGGAGAGCCUCAACCAGCUCAACUUCGUGAAGAGCUCAGACGGGAAGACGACAGUGCUGAUGGCGCUUGUCGUGUCCCUCAUGGACAGCGGACGGGGUAGGAGCGAGCGAGGAGGAGGCACCACAAGCGCGCCCGGCGCCGACAAUGAUGAUGAUGACGUUCGCAACGCUCUGCGCUUUGUGGAGGAUGUCAGCUGUGUUCGCGCCGUGGCGAACAGCCCGCUGCAGGACAUGGGGCAACAGGUGUCGCAGCUGAACUUCACGCUGCAGCGCAUGCGGCGCGUCGUCGAGGAGGCGAAGGACACGAAAGCCUGGUAUGACAAGCGACUCCCAUCCGUGAAGGCGGAGGAGGUGCCGGAUGCCUUGCCGGGGCUGCUCAGAGAAGCCGUGGACCGCUACUUGGCCACGGUGGGGCAGAUCGCCCUGCGAUACCAGCAGCUGCGCGAUGACGUGUCGGCCAUGAUGGCCACCUACGGUGAGGACCCCAACGCCGACGAGACCGUCAUUUGGGGCUACGUGCUGCAGUUCAGCAAGGACGUGCAGCGGUGUGUAGACACAGUGGCAGCAGUCCACCUGACGAAGCGACGACUCAUGGGUAUGCCGGAAGCGACGGAGCAGACGCAAAGCGGGGCCAGAGAAGCCGCCGCUGCGCCACCAUGCCCCAGCGGCGGCGUACAAUCAUCAGGGCCGCAAGACGGGGUGAGGCAAACGCGGCUGCCGAAGCUCGUCGAUGACGAUGACAGCGAUGACUAG